GUGUUUUGAAGACAAUAUCUAUGGAUUUUGGGGUUAAAUUAAAUUAGUUUACUCAUUUCUAUGUUUUUUUGGUUUUGAUUGAGUUCGCUGUUGUGGUUGCCUUUGAAUUAAUAUGGAUUUUGAUAUUUUAGGAGUAUUUUUUGCGAGUCUGGGUUUUGCGCGAUCAAUUAGAAAAGGUUCAAGGUUGUUUAUAUGGAUGAGCCUAGCACUGGACUCGAUCCAGCUUCAAGACAUAAUCUAUACGGGCAAAACAAAGAAAAGAGGGAUCAUCCUGACAAAUAGCCACAGACUGCGGAUAAUAAGUUGGAUUGAUGGCACAGGACAGCUAUCAGCUACAUUUGACUUCACAACCAAGGGAGUUCUUCAGGAAGCUGUCAAGGGACAAUUAUGGAGAUUAUGUGAUCCCCAAGGGAAGCCACCAGGUGUAAUACAGUAGUACAGCUAGCUAGUUCCCAUAUUUAACUUGUGUCUAGUAGAAAUUCUUCCUUCAUUAAGAAUGUGGACUUGUUUGCAGAUUCAAAUUAGUAGAUAUGGGCCAUUUUGAACUGAUGCUCAUGAUUAGGUUUGUGUACAUGAGACAAUGAUGGAUUAGUGGAAAUUGUAAUGAAUGAUUUUGGA